CAUUCUGAAUAUAACCGAUUCGGCAUCCUGAUAAUUCCCCGCAUGACUCUUCCUUUCCCCAAUUAAAAUUACCCCACGCUCUCUCUCCCACACUAACAUAAACACCCUAAUGCAUUCUCUCGCAAGUGGUUGCUCUAUCGGAAUGUUUUUUCGAUGAAUGCCAUUAUAGAAUAUUCUGGGGCGUUUUCGUUUAUUAGUUGUUAUUUGCGCUGUUCUUGAUUUGCACGAGAGAUUUUUGAAGAGCUUUCUUGGGUUUGUGGUCAUGGACUGCGCUUCAUGUAUGAAGUUUCUGACACAGGGUGGAGGCUUUGGAUGUGGAUUUUUGGUUUUUGAGUGUUUCUCACAGGUUGUCCAUUUUUUGGGGUUGUUUUUUAUGUUCGGUUUGGGUUUAAAGGUUUUGCAACUUGGUUGUCAUGGAAAGGGUCUGGUGCAAUUUUUGUGUGAAUAUAGAGGGAAAUCGAGUGGUCUAAAAAAUGGGUUUUGUUUGAAAAAUAGUGUUGCUAACUUAUGUGAUUCAAAGGCCAUGCCUUGCGAGUGUGACUCGUUGAAAUUCUUGGAGAAUUCGGAGUCACUCAUUAGGGAUGAUUUGCUCGUAAGCAGAGAGGUAUUGGAUUCAGACGACGAUGUUAAAGCAAAGGAUGUUUUGGAAGAGGAUGAUGAGGAAAAAGAUUCUUAUGCUGAGGAUGAAGAAUUUGAUGUAAUGGCAUUAAGAAAAUUGGUGAAGAUAGAAAGACAGCGAGCAGAUGCUGCUUAUGCAGAGCUUGAGAAGGAAAGAAUGGCUGCUGCAUCGGCAGCUGAGGAGACAAUGACCAUGAUUUUGCGCCUUCAAAGUGAGAAGAGCUCCACAGAGAUGCAAGCCAAUCAAUACCGCAGGUUGGCCGAGCAGAAGCAGCAAUAUGACCUCGAAGUAAUGCAAUCCUUGCAAUGGAUUGUUAUGCAACACGAGUCCUGUAGGAGUCUGUUGGAAGAUCAAUUGAGAUUGUGCAGGCAAAAGCUGAAGCUUCAUACAAAGGGAGAUGAAUUGGAUGGACUUGAAGGGAUUGAUGCAAGUAUGAUUUUUCUGAAUUCCCCUGCAGAAGAUGGUCUUGAUGAUGGGCUAAUUGGCUCUCUUGACAUGGAUUCUCCUUGAUGUUGCAAGUUACGGACUAAUACAUGGAUGUAGCUUUGUUCCAAACUAUUUUAUUUUAGUUUAUGAAUGUACAUGUAGAUGUCAUUGAUUUUAAAUUUUUGAGUUGGAGAUCGGAAUUUCAUUCAGCUGAGAUCUGUUUCUCCCUUCUUUUCAGAGUACUAAAAUGAAAAUUGUCUAGCUUUAUAUCUGUCA